UGACGCAGAGCGGAAAAUGGAUCUCCACUUCUGAAGUUGUUGUGUUUGUUUCGAUGGACUCAUCCUACUGAAGAAAAAUCUGUGACAUCGGUGGGGACGUGUCGUUGUUUGUAAAUCAUGGAAUCGUCCAUGAGAGGAAGGGCCAAACGCAGGCACUUGGGGCCCUCAGAAUGUGAUGAUCUGGUGCAAAGCAGCACAGGAAACCGGUCUCUCACACAGCCUUUUAAUGUCAACCUCAGCAACAUGGAUCCAAACCGAGGACUUCAACCCAGGACGCCCACCAAAAGAAGCAGACAAGCCUCAGGUGGUGUGGGGCAACAGAAGGGCAUCACCGAUUUCUUCUCCGUCACUGGAGUCAUCAGCACAAGCCCCCAAAAAGGAACCAAGACUCCAGUGAAGGAGGAAGAAGUGGAGGUAAAACAGGAACCGAUGGAGCAUCUUAUCCUAAAAGAAGAAACUGUAGACGAGGAGAACUACAUGGAAGGAAUCACUGAGGAUAUGUUCGAUGAAGACUUUGAUGUGGGAACUACGUCGGUCAAAAAAGAAGAAGAGCUGAUGGAAGUUACUGUGAAAAAGGAAGAGGAUGAGGAGGAUUUGGUCGAAGCCCUGCCUGAUGCCCACUACGGGCUGUUGGGAGUGCAAGGAGGCCAGGAGGUGCCCAAGGGCCAGCUCCAGGAUCUGCCAGAAGAGGUACUGAGGGAAGUGUUCGCGCACCUUCCAGGAGAUGAUCUCUAUCGAAACAUCAGCCUGGUUUGCCAUCACUGGAGGGCUGUCGCCAUGGACCCUCAGUUUCUACCCUGGAAGAAGCUGUACUGCAGAUACCGCAAGCGGCAAAAUGAGGCGCUGAAGGAGGUGAAGUCUAUCCUGGAUGAUAAUCAAAUUAACAACAAGGAUGACCUGUGUCUUCUCAAUAUGGUGAGGUACAUGUCUCAGUUUAAACACAGCAAACGAGUGAAUGUGAAGGACGUGUUGACGUGUGUGAAAGGACAUCGGCUCUACGCUCAGGCUGAAGCCUGCAUCAAAGACAGAAUCCCAGACAUGUUGGAUGAUGAAGGUCCAAACCCUUGGUCUGCCAUGUCCCUGAUGUUGAUUUUAGCUGAUGGAGUAAAAGAUGUCUUGGACCUGGUAGCUCUCUUGCGGAAAUCUGGGUGCCUGCUGACAGCAGGAGGAAUCUCUGAGUACCUGUGGGCCAUGGCGACUUUGCUCCUGGCCAUGAGAAAGAACAAUAUUAACAUAAGCAACAGGUGGCAUUACAAUAUCUUCUAUGUGCUGCACUUAAUGGAAAACGCUCCUCCUCCUGCAGGCUUGCAAGACAACAGACAGCUAAUUACUCACGAGCAACAGCAGAUACUCAACCACGACAUCCAGAAUCAUCACAUUGUUAAAAUAAUGGCUUUUGCAGGCACUGGAAAGACGACUACACUCGUGAAGUAUGCUCAGCAAAGACCACAUAUGCGCUUCCUCUACCUGGCCUUCAACAAAUCUGUGGCGAUGCAAGCUCAGCGCUCAUUUCCGCACAACGUCGAAUGCAGUACCAUCCAUUCAAUGGCGUUCAGAGCUGUCGGAGUGAGGUAUAAAAACUUGAGGAAGCUGUCCAAUAAUUUGCAAGUGUUUGAUGUGGCAUGGGUCUUGCCUAAAGGACUCGGAGGAUUCGUCAAUGCUAAAGUGGUGACGCAAACCCUGCACAAUUUCUGGGCGUCCGUAGACGAGAAUGUCGGUCCGGAACAUGUUCCGCAGGAGUACAAGAACACACACGGAAAGACAGAACACCCAGAUGAGCACCAAAAAAUGGCAUUUGCUGGUGCCGCACAGGAGUUAUGGGACCAAAUGGUAGAGCAGAAGUCCAGAAAAGAGAGGGUGUACAACAUGACCCAUGAUGGAUACCUCAAACUCUGGCAGCUAAGGAGACCACAGCUGGACCGAUAUGAUGCCAUAUUUAUUGACGAAGCCCAAGACUGCACACCAGUGAUCAUGGGCAUUAUGCUGUCUCAGAACUGUGGGAAAAUCCUGGUUGGAGAUCCUCAUCAACAGAUUUACACUUUCAGAGGAGCGGUCAAUGCAUUGCACGCUGUUCCUCACACUCACAUCUACUAUCUCACGCAGAGCUUCAGAUUUGGAUCUGAAAUUGCAUAUGUUGGUGCUGCAAUAUUGGAUAGCUGUAAAAAAGUGAGGCAGAUAUUGGUUGGUGGGAAUCAGGAAGGGAAUGUACGAGGGGAGGACACACAAACACUGCAACAUCUGAAGACGGGACAGAAGCUGCCGGAAGGGAGUGUGGCCAUUCUGAGCCGCUGUAAUGUCACCGUUUUCAGCGAGGCUGUCCGACUCACAGACGCCAACCCCAGCUGCAAGAUCUACAUUGUGGGAGGUGUUGAAAACUUUGGACUGGACAAAAUUAUGGAUCUCUGGGUCCUGAUGCAACCACAGGACAAACGCAAGAAUGAAAACCUUGUAAUCAAGGAUUACUUCAUCCGAAGUUUCUGCAAAGAUAAGAUGGGCGGAUUCAGAGGUCUGAAGGGAUACGCCACGGCCUCGGAAGACCGCGAGUUGGAGGCCAAGCUGGCCGUGGUGGAAAAAUACAACAAACGCAUUCCAGAGCUGGUUGAACGUAUUUAUGAUCGGGCCCAGAGGAGCCCAGUGUACGCAGAUUUCAUCCUGGGUACGGUGCAUAAGGCAAAAGGCCUGGAGUUUGACGCAGUGGUUGUAACAGACGACUUCAUGAAAGUACCAUGUGCUCGACACAACCUGCAGAGAGUGGGUGGUUUCAAUGCAGCAAAUGUCCCAGAUGACGAGUGGAACCUGUUAUACGUGGCGAUCACACGAGCCAAAAAAGCACUGUACAUCACGAAGACCAUCAGCAACAUCCUCACAUUCACUGGGGAGUACUUCUUGAGGUCAGAGCUGACCACCACUCUGCUGGGUAAAGACCCAAGUCUCGUCUGCUCCAUUGACGGCUGUCAGAACCACAUCACGGCAGAAUCUGUCCUCAGCAUGAGCAAACUCCCCGUCAGAUAUAUGGACAGUGUGGACGCGGGAGGCAUUCUGUGUUUGACCUGUGUGGAGCAGCGUGUGGGACCUGCAGCCUUCCUGCUCUCUCCACCUGAACGGGUCAGAUCCAUGACCUACACCAAUGAAAGAAUAGAGCUGCCCAUCAACGUCGCCAUGCUGUUAUCUUUACUUUAAACACCACAUUUAAGUGCCCUUUUGCCUUUGUGUGUCACUUUUGGAGUGAUGUGAAGUUCACAUUUGUGGAUUACUAAAAUGUGCACAGUUUAUUUUUGUUUAAAUGUCCUGUAGAUGUUUUAAUACUUCUAAAACAUUUUUCCAAGUGUUUUUUUUCUCCCUUUACUUCAUUUUUACAGGUUCUCCCACAUUGGAACUGCCCUAAUUUGGGAUACAGUAAACAUUGACAUUAGUAUUUGUAGGUGGAGAAUAAGCACAGUGUCUUUUUCCGGGUUUUUCUGGAAGUUUCAGCAGGGCCUUUUCAGGCCUUUGAUAACCACAGUAUUACAGCUGUUGUGAACGACACAAUAGUUGAGGAACACUAAUGUGUAAGAUUGUGUUUAUGACCACAGUUGUAACAUCAGUGACUUGUCGGAAGAAUGGUAACCAUUCCUACAUAUAUUUCCUACAUAUUUUUUUUAAAAAAAGUUUUUGCACUGUAUAUUAUUGCAUUUGUUGUGUAAUUUUAUUUUUUCUAAGGUUUUUUUGGGUGUUUAACUGUUGAACAAGCAUGGCCAUAAUUUAUGUAACCUUUUUACCAUUUGAAAAAAAAAAAAAGUUUUAUUUUAUAUAUAUAUAUAUAUAUAUAUUUUUUGUUUGUUUCAGCAGUAAUUUUCUGCAAGACAAGUGACUUGUGUGCCAUUGUUUGAGACAUUAUAAUCAUAUGUGUAUAUGUGUAUAUAUGUGUAAAUGUUGCAAACUUAAGUAAAUCUUGGGCAGCUCUGGUAUAA